CCUCCUCCAGCCUCCAUCAGCCGCACAUGCUCAGAGCUCCAGCGCCGCGCUCCGCGUCUCCUGUGCGGCCUGUGCGUGCGGACCCGCCGCGGACACUCUCAUGCGCUCCUGCUAGCACACAUGCUCUCAUGGAGCUCGCGUCUCGUUUGCGUUUGAGUCCACCAUGCACUUUAGGAUUUCAAUAAGAUGUAUGUGUGUUUUGAGAUAAUCAUUUUGCUUCUCUCUGGCAACUUCUGCGCCUUCGUUUAUACUCAGGAUCCCUCCUGCUGCCAUCAUGCUGCAGAACUCUUUCCUCAGUGUAAAGGAGCAUGUGAACAGCUCUCGACCAUCAGAAGCGAAUCCCGUCUGAAGCACCUUCUCCAGCGUCUGCCCAGUUACUGCCCGGAGUCUUUGACUGAACUCUGGAUCUGCAUCAACAGCACAUUACCAGGGGCGUCAAAGAAGUCGGAUGGCUGGGUCGGGCUGGGCUGUUGUGAGCUGGCCAUCUCCGGCGAGUGUCGCAAGGACUGCAAACAGGCAUCGUCGAAAAAUGACAUCACAAAAGUAUGCAAGAAAGACACAGAGAAGCCACUCUACAGCUGUAUCACCAAAAAUGAAAUGGGCUCAGUAUGCUGCAGUUACGCAGGGAGACACACGAACUGCCGUGAAUACUGCCAGGCCAUCUUCCGCACAGACUCAUCGCCCACGGUCUCGCAGAUCAACGCUGUCAAAGAGUACUGCCAGAGCAUCAGUCCGCAGCUCAUCGGCUGUGUGGCCAACUACACCAAAUCCUACCCAAUCAGAAGCCCUAUCGACAGUUUGUACUGCUGUGACCGGGCGGUGGAGGCUCACUGUCAGAUGGCCUGUAAGCGUAUCCUGCGCACCAUGACCACCGAGCAGGAGAUCAUGGAGGGUCUGAUCACAGAAUGUGGCAGUCAGCCGCUCCCGCAGGACCCGCUGUGGCAGUGCUUCUUGGGUAGCGCGCACCCUCCCACCCAAACCGAUCCCGAAUCCCCACCUAUCGCCAAGAUGGACUGCGCUAAACUGCAUUGCUGCUCGAAAGCCAACACAUCCCACUGCAGGAAUAUGUGUCUGGAGAUCAGCACCAACUGGGGCACUCAGACAUGGCAGGAGUUUGACCAGCAUUGUGAAUAUAACCCUGUUGAGAUGGACCUCAUCACCUGCCUGGCUGACGUGAGGGAGCCGUGCCAGUUAGGCUGCAAAGAUCUGACCUACUGCACCAACUUCAACAACAGGCCGACUGAGCUGUUUCGGAGCUGUAACGUUCAGUCAGACCAGGGCGCCAUGAAUGACUUCAAACUCUGGUCCAACGGAACCAUCAAGAUGCCCUUCAUGAACAUCCCAGUGCUGGACAUCAGGAAAUGCCGGCCGGAGAUGUGGAAGGCUGUAGCCUGUGCCCUGCAGAUCAAACCCUGCUACAGCAAGUCCAGAGGGAGCGUCAUCUGCAGGUCGGACUGUGUGGAUAUCCUGAGCCAGUGCGGCGACCGGAAGCGCUUCCAUGAAGGACAGACGCCGGAGCGCAUCUGUGACCUGCUGUCGCCCACCGACGAUCCGGAGCGCUGCAUCCCGCUGCAGAGAUACCUCACUCCCAGUCCCUUUGACAACAUCAUUGAAGAAGUCAUCCAUCCCUGCAACCCCAACCCGUGUCCCAGCAAUCACCUCUGCGAGGUCAACAGGAAAGGCUGCCAUCCCGGACAAGACUGCCUGCCGUACUUCUGCGUGCCUGGCUGUAAACUCGGGGAAGCGUCGGAGUUCCUGGUGCCCAUGGACGCCCGUAUCCAAGUGCCCACGAGGAGCGGACAGGUGGGCUGCUACGAGGUCUGCACCUGCGGUCAGAGCGGCCGGCUGGAGAACUGCGCUGAGAUGCCAUGCUUCGACACCACCAAGACCUGCCUCAUCGCAGGACAGCGCAAGACUCACGGUUCGUCGUUCCGGCUCGACUGUCAGCCCUGCUCCUGCUUCGCCGGCGAAAGCAUCUGCUCGUCCCGCCAGUGUCUGCGCUCCGACGGCUCCGACGAGGACCGCCGGCUCUUCACAGGUCUUCCCUGCGGCUGUGCGGAUCAUUUUGUGCCGGUGUGUGCCGGGAACGGGCGCACGUAUCCCAGCGCGUGUGUGGCACGCUGCGUCGGCUUCAGAGACAAUCAGUUUGUGUUCGGCUCGUGCAGAAGCAUCGAUCCCUGCCUGCCGAACCCCUGCCCGAGGAACCUGAGGUGUAUCCCCAAGCGUCAGGUGUGUUUGACGGACCUGUCAGACUAUCCCUGCCCACAGUACGAGUGUGUGACCCGCCCGUCCGGCUGUGACCAGAACCAGCUGGAUCCGGUUUGUGACACAGAGAACCUGGAGCACGCCAACCUGUGUCUGCUGCAGCUGCGGAGCAAGAGCCUGGCGUACAGCGGACACUGUCAGGACGCCUGCAGGAGGUCCAGGGAAGUGUGCGGCCACAACGGAGAGACCUACAGUACGGUGUGCGAAGCCUUCUCAGACCGUGUGGCCGUGGACUAUCAGGGCCGCUGUCAUGCGGUCGGGGCCGUGUCGGAGUUCACGUCUGACUCGGGCUGUAACGCCGUACCGUGUGCUCCUCUGUCCACCGACGGCUGCCGUCCCGUCACUCCACCGGGCGCCUGCUGUCCGGUGUGUGCAGGAAUGCUGCAGAUCCUCUGGAACAAAGCGCAGAUGAACAUCUUCGCCAAGCUGAACCGAAAUCAGCCGGUGACGCUGCAUGACAUCCUGAAGAUCCUGCGGCUGCACAUCUCUGUUCCUCAGUGCGACAUCUUCGGCUAUCUGAGCAUCGACUCCGAGAUCAUCAUCCUCAUCGUGCCGGUGGAUCAGCAGCCGACGCCACUGCAGAUUGAAGCUUGCAGUAAAGAGGCAGAGAAGAUCGACUCGCUCAUCAACUCCGGCAGCCCGACGCUGGUGUCCCACGUGCCUCUGUCUGCCUUCCUGCACUCGGAGGUCGAGCUCUCCACCAUCACCUUCGCGGCGGCCGACUCCCUCUCUCUCUCCCUCUGUGUCUUCUUCUCCUCUCUCCUCCUGUCCUUCACAGGGACCCCCUUUUCCUCCUAACCCGUUGCCUCGCAACACUACCGCCUGUUUGACCUCUGACCUUCCAAGGUCACCUGACAGGAAACUGUUCCAGUCGACGAUGACGAUUACGCUGCAAACUGUCAAGGACAAUCAAAUUCAGCAUCAGCAGAUGGACGUUUUUUCCACUAUUAUGGACCUUCUCAAAAGGAAGCUGUUUCGCAAGGUCAAGAGAAACAGGAAAUGGAAGAAACAGGAGCGCAAGAGACAGAUGUCGAGUUCAGACGAUUGCUGCUUUUAGAUGUCUCACGGACCCAAUUACUCAAGCACAUAUCAGCUUUCUGUGGAAGCCUGUUUUCACAAUGGAAUGAAGAAAUUUAAAAGGUGAUUGCGACUUUUUAUCUCACAGUUCUGACUUUUUUCUUGCAAUUCUGAGAUUAUAUUUCAGAACUGAGAGUUAAAAAGUCGCAAUUGCGAAAAGUCAAAAUUGUGAGUUGAAGUCGCAAUUGCAGGAAAAAUUCAUAAGUGAAUUGCAUGAAAAAGUCAGAAUUGUGAGAUAAAAAAUGCGUUUUCAAAAUCGCAAUUACAAGAAAAAAGU